GUGUUGAAUUUGUUUAUGUUUGUAGUUGUUUAUGAUUGUAGUUUUUGGUUGUGGUUGUUCAUGGUUGUUGUAAAUGUCUGUUGUAGUUGUUUUGUGGUUGUUUAUGGUUGAUAUUAAGGUUUGUUACAGUUUGUAGUUGUUUGUUGUUGUAGCGUAUGAUUGUGGUUGUUUAUGGUUGUACUUUUUUCAUUGUUUUGGUUGUUUGUAUUUUGUUUGUAUUUUGUUUACGGUAUUGCCGUAGUUUAUGGUUGUUUAUGGUUAUGGAAUUAGUUUGUUAUAGUUUGAUUGUUUAUGAUUGUUGUAGUUGUGGUUGUUUAUGAUUUGUAGUUGUUGUUAUUUGUUUCUGGGUGUUGCAGUAGUUUGUGGUUGUUCAGAGUUGUAAUUGUUAUAAUUACUGUACUUGUUUUGUGAUAAUUUAUGAUUAUUUAUGGUCGUUUGCAGUUGUGGAUUUAGUUCUUCUGGUUGUUCAUGGUUGUUGUUGUUUAUGGUUGUUGUUUAUCUUUGUUUAUAGUUGUUAUUUAUGGUUGUUUAUGUUUGUUAUUGUUGAUGAUUGUUGUUGUUUAUGGUUGUUUGUUUACUUUCUCUGCUGUAACUCGGUCGUUUCCGCUCAGUGAUUGUUUGUAAUGAGCUGCAGUUUCCAGAACAGUCUGAGUGAUCAGACCAUCUGAACUGGUAGACAGUGAGAGAGAGAGAGUUCAGUGUGAUGCUCGCUCUACCGUUUAAGAAUGGUGUGGUGGUCAGCAGGUGUUGUUGGUGUGUCUGAGGGGAAUAAUCAGUAAACCGGGCCGGACGGUCCACCGGGCAGCACGCUGGGCCUCUGAUUAUACAGAGGGUGACGCUAAACUGUUUAACUGGAUUUGGUGUCCAAUACGGAAUAUAAAUCACUCAGUUCUCAGAUUUUCAUAGUAUUUUUGAAAUGUAGGUUCUUUUUUUCUCUGUUUCAGCUGGAAUAGAAUAAAUAUCGUGACAUUGUUCGCCAAAGCGAACGCCUGAGUACUCAGAUUAUUAGGCCCCGCCCUGUACGCAUCUUCAUCUGUUGACGGAGAAACGGGUUUCCUCUUUCUGACGGGAUGCUGAGCGCGGAGAACCGGAACGUCUGGAUGGAGAUAAAACAGUUUGUGCUGUUGUUUGUGUUGCCGUUAACGCCGGCAGCUCGUGGGAAAUCAUGUGACAACACACCCUCCAGAGAGCUCCGCCCACUUUUCUGUUAUGUCCAGGUGCUCGAGAGCGGUGCUGAUCCGGUUCUGCGAUCAGAUCAGUGGAACUGUACCUCACUGCCCAGUGGGAGAACGCGUUGAAGCUCUUAAUGACCCCUGAUUCACUGGUGUUUAUUGAUGACCCCUCAUGUAUUGAUGGCCCCUGAUUUGCUGGUGAUGCCUGAUUUAUUGCCGACCCCUGUUUUACUGAUGAUUAUAGAUGACCUCUGAUUUAUUGAUAACCCGUUUUAUUGAUGACCCCUGAUUUAUUGCGGAGUGCGGGCGGCGCUAAGCUGACGUCCUUCCCUGUGAAGACUCACUCAUGGAUCUCCACAGUGCCGGUUCCGUGGUUCUGCAGGCUCUGACUCAGGCCACCAGCCAGAACACGGCCGAGCUGAAGCCUGCCGAGGAGCAGCUGCGACAGUGGGAGACGCAGCCGGGCUUUUACUCCGUACUGCUGAGCAUCUUCAACAACCACAUGCUGGACGUGAACGUGCGGUGGCUGGCCGUGCUGUACUUCAAAAACGGGAUCGACCGCUACUGGAGGAGAGUCGCUCCGCAUGCUCUGUCAGAGGAGGAGAAGUCGUCUCUCAGAGCCGGCCUCAUCACUAACUUUAACGAGCCAGUCAAUCAGAUUGCGACGCAGAUUGCGGUGCUGAUAGCGAAGGUUGCACGGCUGGACUGUCCACGUCAGUGGCCCGAGCUGAUCCCGGUUCUGCUGGAGAAGGUGAAGGUUCAGGACGUUCUGCAGCAGCACCGAGCGCUGCUCACGUUCUACCAUGUCACCAAGACCCUCGCCUCCAAACGCCUCGCGGCUGACCGCAGACUGUUCCAGGACUUAGCCUCCAGCAUCUACAGCUUUGCCUGUUCUCUGUGGAACCACCACACAGACACGUUCCUGCUGCAGAUCCACUGUGGAGACCAACAGGAGGCGCUGAGCUCUCUGGAGCGUACACUGCUCUCUCUGAAGGUUCUGAGGAAGUUGACUGUUCAUGGAUUUGUGGAGCCUCAGGAGAACAUGGAGGUGAUGGCGUUUCUCAGUGCGGUGUUUGAGAGGCUGAAGCAGUUUUUAGAAUGCUGUGGUCAGGUGGGGGUGGGCAGUGUGUGCAGAGAGAAGCUGGAGAAGACGAUCAUCCUGUUCACUAAAGUGCUGCUGGACUUCCUGGAGUACCACCCGUUCCCGUUCAUCCCUCUGAUCCAGCGCUGUCUGGAGUUCUCGGUCAGCUUCGUGUUCACGGCGGCGGGAGACGGUCUGCUGUUCGAGAGGUUCAUCGUCCAGUGCAUGAACCUCAUCAAGAGCAUUGUGAAGAACGAAGCCUACAGACCCGACAAGAACAUCGAGGACAGUAAACCUGAAGUUCUGGAAGCUCAUAAGAUUAAAACGGCGUUCUUCACCCACCCGACGCUGACCGAGAUCGCCAAGAGACUCGUCUCCAAGUACUUCCUGCUGACGGAGGAGGAGCUGGUCAUGUGGGAGGAGGAUCCCGAGGGCUUUGCUGUGGAAGAGACUGGAGGGGAUUCAUGGAAGUACAGUCUGAGGCCGUGUACGGAGGUGCUGUUCCUGGACAUUUUCCACAGUUACAGUCAGACUCUGACUCCAGUGCUGCUAGAGAUGAUGCAGAACCUGCAAGGACCCAGUAAUGUGGAUGAUACGCUGCAGCUGCUGAUGAAGGAUGCAGUGUAUAACGCUGUGGGUUUAGCAGCGUACGAGCUGUUCGACAGCGUCGACUUCGACCAGUGGUUCAACAACCAGCUACUGGGCGAGCUACAGGUCAAUCACAACAGGUAUAAGCUGAUCCGGAGGAGGGUCAUCUGGCUGAUCGGUCAGUGGAUCUCAGUCAAAUUUAAGCCCGAGUUGCGCCCCCUGCUUUAUGAGGUUAUACUCACUCUCCUGCAGGACCCUGACCUGGUGGUUCGUAUUGAAACGGCUACGACUCUCAAGCUGACUGUGGACGAUUUCGAGUUCCGGACCGAACAGUUCCUACCUUAUUUGGAGUGCAUAUUUGGGCUGCUGUUCCAGCUGCUGCAGCAGGUUAACGAGUGUGACAGUAAAAUGCAGGUGCUGCACGUCAUCUCCUGCGUUAUAGAGAGAGUUGGCAUACAGAUCCGGCCGUAUGUGGGCUGCCUGGUUCAGUACCUGCCUCUGCUGUGGAAACAAUCAGAGGAACACAACAUGCUGCGCUGCGCCAUCCUCACCACACUGAUACACCUGGUGCAGGGUUUGGGAGCUGAGAGCAGGAACCUGUAUCCAUUCCUCCUGCCGGUGAUCCAGCUCAGCACUGACGUUUCCCAGCCUCCACACGUGUACCUGCUGGAGGACGGCCUGGAGCUUUGGUUGGUGACGUUGGAGAACAGCCCGGCUCUCACGCCUGAACUGCUGAGAAUCUUCCAGAACAUGUCCGCUCUGCUCGAGCUCAGCUCGGAGAAUGUGAGGACGUGUUUCCAGAUCAUCAACGCCUACACUUACCUCUCAGCCACGGAGUUUCUACAGAACUACGGUGAAGGUCUCUGCAGAUCCUUCUGUGAAUUGCUGAGGGACAUCACCAACGAGGGACAGGUCCAGGUUCUGAAGGUGGUGGAGAUAGCGAUGAAGGUGAGCCCUCUUCUGGCCCCCCACCUCUUCCAGCCUAUCCUGCCAUCCGUGUUUCGGGGGAUUAUAGACGGAGAGCGGUACCCGGUGGUGAUGUCGGUGUAUCUGGGUGUGAUCGGUCGGGUUCUCCUGCAGAACUCCAGCUUCUUCACUGCGCUGCUCUCACAGAUGGCCCUGGAGUCCAACCAGGAGAUGGACCAACUGUUGGGGAACAUGAUUGAGAUGUGGGUGGACCGCAUGGACAACAUCACUCAGCCUGAGAGAAGAAAACUGUCCAGUCUGGCUCUGCUGUCCCUCUUACCUUCAGACAACAGUGUGAUUCAGGACAAAUUCUGCGGAAUCAUCAACGUCUGCGUGGAGGCCCUGCACGACGUCAUGACUGAGGACCCCGACACGGGAACCUUCAAAGAUUGUAUGCUGAUGAAUAGUGUGGAGGAGCCGAAGCUCUCUGAUGAUGAAGAGCCUCCGACGGAGCAGGACAAGAGGAGGAAGCUGUUGGCCCUGGAGGACCCCGUCCACACCGUGUCUCUGCAGCAGUGCGUGUACGAGAAGCUGAAGGCUCAGCAGCUGCUGAUGGGUGAGAGCGGCUUCCAGGCUCUGAUGGAGACGGUGGACACAGAGAUCGUCCGGCAGCUCCAGGAGUUUCUGCAAGGGUUCUGAGGAGCCACACCAAAAACACCAGAACUGCAUCAGACGAGCUUCCUGUGUUCUCCUCUCUCUUAACUUUCCAUAUGUUUUCACUGAGCUGAGUUUGGUAGGCGAGAGUGGGCGGGGUGAGAGUGGGCGGGGCUGCUGACCCGGACAGAGACUGACAAUAAAAAAGAAACAGAAGGAGGAACAAACUGAGACCAGCGCCAAGGACCCAAACCGUGUUUACAGUUCUGCUUCACACCUGCAGCACCUGUGUGUGUUUUAGAUACAGUGGGCUGCAUUAUGGGGCUUAUCUGACCCCCCCACCCCUUAUUAUUCCCCUUAUUAUUCCCCUUAUUAUUCUAUUUUACGUUCCACACUGUGAGAAAGAUGAGCUGUUUUAAGUGAAGGAGGAGUCGAGCUGCCUUAACACUCAGUUUACUGAACGUUUGAAGGUUUUAAUGCAGCCAGAAUAACUUACUUCAGAUUAAAACACCCAAUUCUUUGUCACAGUGAGGCUUUACUGACAUCUACACUGUAAAAACAGAACAGAACCAGGCUACCGUAAAGGGGAACUCCACCAGUUUUUUAAAAAUUCCCCCAUAACUCAGUGUGUGAGGUGUAAACAGAGUGAUUCAGAGUGGUUUGGUGUGAAAUAGUUCAGA